AUGGUUUCUAUUGUAUCAACAGCUCAAGUAGGCCGUAUAGUGGAUGACUCAAGUACAGGCAGGACAGGAAAGAUACAUCAUAGGAAGUGUGGUAUUUGGGGAACUGCUUACUGCUGCUUAAGCCUUAAGACAAGUGUUAUAAUGAUAGCAGUAACCUAUGGAUUUCUAUAUUUGAUAGUAAAGUUUUGUAAGUUUAAUAUUAGCUUUCUUUCUUUUCUAACGAUUACAGCAAUUAAUUCUACUAUGAAUCUAGCUGGAAUGAAUUCUAAUUUGGACAUACUAAGUAAAAUUUUGCCUGAUUAUCUAGAAAAGUAUUUUGACAAACUCAUUUUUUUACUAUUAAAAGAGGUAGUCACUAAACUAGAUUCAAAUAUGGUUUCUACAUUCCAAGUCAUUUUAAUUAACUAUCUAAAUAUUUCUUCAUUUAUUUAUGGAUAUUUAUUUAUUAUUGGCCUUAUAUCUGGUAUUUUCUCGUGGUUCUGGGCAACUGUAACUUUUCUAGUUUUAAUUUGGGUAGAUGUUAUCAAAAACAUCACAGGUAUACUCUUUUUCUACUUUAUGAUAGCUAAAAACUUCCAAUCUUGGUGGAUGUAUUUCUACAUAUUUUUAGGGGUUACUAGUGUCCUAUUAUUUAUUUUAUUAUGUUUUUAUUAUACGAUUCAGGUUACAUAUUCUUUGUACUUGGUACAACUAGCAGGGGGGAGAGGAAACGAAAAAGUUCCUUACUUCAAACUUAGAAGAAUGGUUCCAAGUAGCACAACAUGUUUAGGUACAUCUCCCCGUCCUAGAAUAGCAAGCAGAAUAGACCCAAAUAUAGACUCUAUAGCAGAUGAAACUAAUCCUUUGCUACAGAAAGAGUCUUCUAAUGUACAACAGCCAGAACAGCUAGUUUAG